CUGCUGGAAAGAGGGGAAAGCAAACAAUUUUUAGGCCCGCCGCGUCUAGCAAAAAAUAUGAGAAAAAAAUUAUUAAAAAUCCGGGAAAUAGUUGAAAGUCAAGAAAAAUACCCUAGAAAGGAUGUUAACGCUCCUACGGGCCUUGCGUCUCUGCUGUGUUGAUUUGGGCUUUUACGCGCUCUCUGUGCUGGGACGUAUCACUCGUGUCCUCCGCAUGGCUUGCUGUCGCUAGGUUGCCAUGGCAACAGUACCUCCCAACGACUGCCCCGGCACGGCAGAACACUGUCGAGUGAGGAAGAGGAGAGUCGAGGGGAAAGUGAGGAAGAACUUCUCCUGUCAGUUGUGCGAGAAGGCCUUCAACAGCUUGGAGAAGCUGAAGGUCCAUUCGUACUCCCACACAGGGGAAAGGCCGUAUCGCUGCACACACACUGACUGCACCAAGGCCUUCGUCUCCAAGUAUAAACUCCUACGGCACAUGGCCACACACUCGCCAGAAAAGACACACAAGUGCAGCUACUGCGAGAAGAUGUUCCACCGUAAAGAUCACCUGAAGAACCACCUCCACACACACGACCCCAACAAGGAGGCUUUCAGCUGCACGGAAUGCGGCAAGAGCUACAACACCAAACUUGGCUUCCGAAGGCACCAAGCCCUUCACGCUGCUCACCGUGGAGACCUCACCUGCCAGGUGUGUCUGCAGUCGUACCCAAGCACUCCCCUGCUGCUGGAGCACCUACGGGGACAUGCGGGGAAAAGCGCUACCGCGACUAAGGAGAAGCGACAUCAGUGCGAACACUGCGAACGGCGCUUUUACACCCGCAAGGAUGUGCGACGCCACCUGGUUGUGCAUACGGGACGCAAGGACUUCCUGUGCCAGUACUGCGCCCAGCGAUUCGGCCGCAAGGACCAUCUUACCCGCCAUGUUAAGAAAAGCCACGCUCAUGAGCUGCUGAGGGUUAAGGCGGAGCCUGUCGAUUUGAUGGAGUCACAAUCCUCGCCAGCAUCCGGGCCACUCACCCUAAGGUAUCCACUAGGUCAUGCUUCUUACUCGCCACCGCCGCCCUUGAGGGCGGAGCUCGAAAGCUAUCUCCUGGAGCUACAGGCUGAAGAUACACCCAAGCUGAGUGCUUCCGCCACGGUGACCGGAGAGACGACGUCGUCCCUGGACUUUCUGUCUCCACUGUUUAAUUUUCUGCCUUACAACCAGGGAGCGGGGCCUACUUUGGGAGUGGCUUACAGCCAGGAGGAGGGGCUACUGGCCACACCCAUCCAAGACACGCCAGAGCCUCUUAGCCUCCUUCACACAAUCUCACACUCACAAAGCACUCCGAGUUACACACAUCCACCAUCUCUGAAUACAACCACCACCCUGCCUCGCUUCCACCAAGCCUUCCAGUAGCCCAAACACUUAUGGUUUUUGUCGCACUUUUAUGUUUAUCAUCAACUUAGCUCUUAAUCAAAUUCGAACAAGCACAGAGUCCAACAAAUCUUGCCAAAAUAUCCGCGUUUUGAAGGAAAGUCUUGAGGACACUAUCAUUACAGAUGCAUUACUCGUUUUAUGUUUUAUCUAGAGGAGUUUACUGUAUCUGAACAUUAAAGCCCUGGGUAUACUUCGUCUUUUUACACAUACGCUAGUGUACGUGCACCGUCUGCAUGGAGCAUACAUGGUUGCCACCUUGUGGCUAAACUAAUUACUGCAAAAAAAAUUCAAUGUGCGUGUGCGGUUACAAAAAUCCAGCGGUGCGCGUACUCUUCUGAUGAUGAAAUUCGCAUCACACGCACCCUCGCGUAUGCGUAAAAAGUGAAGUAUACUUUGGGCUUAAGAAGCAGAGCUCAGUUUGCAGUGACGUUUAGCUCUGAAAAUGCCGACAGAGAUAGAGAGUGCGUAGUUUUAAUGUCCUCUCAUUAACACUAGUGGUUUUGAAGUUCCAUCAAAGCUAAAAGAUAAUUCAUCUAAUGUUGUUUCCAUCUCUUUGUUUGUUGUAUGGCUCAUGAACUGUUGGGUACUGAACUACCAGCGUUUUCAACUAUUUACAGCCAAAGGCAACCAAAACCUUCAUAGCUAUAGAGAGGAAGGAGACGAAGGCUCAUCUCGUUUAUGUUUUUUUUUUUUUUUUUUUUUUUUGAUGGCUGUUUGCCUUCAUGCUGCUGCUCGUUGUAAGGGCCUCAAAGGACACCAGCGCAGGAAUGCUUCACAAUUCACACCAACAAAGGGAAAGAAGGACGAAGAAUCACACACUUACUCUGUUCUCUCUCUUACUUUAUUCAACCUCAU